AUGCAUAAAUUUGUUCUUGAAGAAAGGAUCUCAAAGCUUGAAGAAAACAUAUACAUUGGAAAGAUCGAUGCGCAUAAAGCCAUAAUUGUAUUACCAAACCAGAAUGUCUCCACUGAGUUGUUUCAUCAGAUGCUGCAGCUUCCUAAGCAAAUAACACAGUCAAACGAUAUCUACUAUUCAUAUAAAGUUUCGAUGCCAAUGGAAAUCAAUUUCAGAGUGAUAUAUCCUGCUACUGAGGAGCAUUUCAAGAAGUAUCGCUCUGCCAACAAGCAUAUCGUUGAAUCAUACAACGAAUACCUUCAUUACGUUGAAAACAACCUGCACAUCAGCUCAAAUUGGAUGGCAAAUCUCGUUAAUAAGAGUGGGGAAAAUUUGAAUGAAAAAGUACUUUAUGAUGACAAUGAAAUAAUGAUAGUUCCAGACUACAAAUGGAGCAUGGAAUCAAGAGCAUCAUUACACAUUUUAGCAAUAUUCAAGAAUGAACAUCUUAGAACAAUAAGAGAUUUGGAUAGCCCAGAUAUUCUGAUAAGAGCAUACAGAAAUGUACUAGACACACUAGCAACAUGCUUUGGUCUUGGCGAAGCAGAUGUGUUCCUGUUUUUUCAUUACAGGCCAACAUAUUUCAGGCUGCAUUUGCAUGUCAUAAACAUCAACAUUAUUCACAAAGGAAUUGCUUCUUCGGCAAUAUCAAUUCCAUUCCAUGAUGUCGUGCACAAUCUUCAGAACUAUCCAGAAUAUUACAAAAGAGACAUGCAUGUUAUCCAAAGAGACAUUUAA